GCACCUGGACCGGUGGUACAGAGUCCUUGAAAUCUGUGGAGUUCCCUUCAUCGCAGUCAUACACACUAGAUGUUACAUCUUUCAUCUUACCUAAUUUGGAAUGUUUUUAAUUUAAUACAAAAGCAUCAGAUAUCAAAUUUUGCUUGUCUGGUAAUGUGUUUUUGACUGAAACUUUUUCCAAAGCAUCUUGUUUGCGUUUUGGAUGGUUGCAUGGGCAUUGCCUGAACCCGGUGAAAUGCCAAUUGAAAGGUUUUCAGAGACUCAAGAAGGUGACUGUCCCUUCCAAAAUGGAGAGCCCUUACCAAAAGUAGCCUCAGGGAUGGACGAUUGCUAUGGAACUAUGGUAGGAAAGGAUUUACUUUCAUAUCCCCAAGAGGAUCUGUGUGAACAAGGACAGGAAGGCAUUAUGCUAACACCAGAGGAGGAAGAUUCUUCUGUGGGCCUGAGCAUAAAAACAGAAAUGGACCUUUCCAAUGAGAUAUUUUCAUCAGAAGAUGAAGAUCUGGAUAUUAUAUAUAACAAAAAUGCACCACUAACCAAUAAGAUAUUACAAAGGAAAUCUAUCACUCAGAUCAUUAAAGAUAAAAAGAAGCAGACUCAACUGACCUUGCAAUGGCUUGAGGAGAACUAUAUUGUAUGUGAGGGAGUUUGCCUGCCUCGAUGCAUACUCUAUGCUCACUAUUUGGACUUCUGCAGAAAGGAAAAACUAGAGCCGGCCUGUGCAGCCACAUUUGGAAAGACAAUUCGACAGAAGUUUCCACUUCUGACGACAAGAAGACUUGGGACACGAGGACAUUCAAAGUACCACUAUUAUGGAAUAGGAAUUAAGGAGAGCAGUGCUUACUACCAUUCAGUUUAUUCUGGAAAGGGGUUGACAAGGUUUUCUGGUAGCAAGUUGAAGAGUGAGGGUGGCUUUACAAGAAAAUACUCUCUUAGUUCAAAGACUGGAACAUUGCUGCCGGAAUUCCCAAGUGCUCAGCAUCUCGUCUUACAAGGGGGCAUAUCCAAAGAAAAGGUAGAUACUCUCAUCAUGAUGUAUAAAACCCACUGUCAGUGUGUGCUCGACAAUGCAAUUAAUGGAAAUUUUGAGGAGAUCCAGCACUUUCUAUUACAUUUUUGGCAAGGAAUGCCAGACCAUCUACUUCCACUGCUUGACAACCCUAUAAUCACAGACAUAUUCUGUGUUUGUGAUUCUAUACUUUACAAGGUUCUCACAGAAGUGCUCAUCCCUUCCACAAUGCAAGAAAUGCCAGAAAGUUUGUUAGCAGACAUAAGGAACUUUGCUAAACACUGGGAGCAGUGGGUCAUUUCAUCUCUGGAAAACCUUCCCGAGUCCCUUUCUGAAAAGAAACUUCCAAUAGCCAGAAGAUUUGUAUCAUCUUUAAAACGGCAGACAUCAUUCCUACAUUUAGCCCAGAUUGCACGCCCUGCCCUUUUUGAUCAGAAUGUGAUUAACUCCAUGACAUCUGACAUCGAGAAGGUGGAUUUGUACAGCAUUGGAUCUCAGGCGCUUCUCAGCAGUUGCAGUGGUGCUGAUUCAGAUUGCGAUGUCUACACUGAGUUAUUUCAAGAACUGAGAGAUCUGUUGAAGAAAAAUGCUACAGUUGAAUCCUUUAUAGAAUGGUUGGACAAUGUUGUAGAACAAAAGGUUAUCAAGGCUAGUAAACAAAAUGGAAAGUCACUGAAGAAGCGAGCACAGGAUUUCCUGUUGAAGUGGAGUUUCUUUGGGGCCCGUGUUAUGCACAAUUUGACUCUCAACAAUGCAUCUAGUUUUGGUUCCUUUCAUCUGAUUAGAAUGUUGCUUGAUGAGUAUAUUCUUCUGGCAGUAGAGACACAGUUUAACAAUGAUAAAGAACAAGAGCUUCAGAAUUUACUGGAUAGGUACAUGAAAAAUGCAGAUGCAAGCAAAGCUACUUUUAUGGCAUCCCCAAGCUCCUGCUUUCUUGCAAGUCGCAACAAGUCUGGUAAUCUUCCAACAGAUCCUGCUGUAAAAAAUGAAUGUCUUCAAAAACAGACUUUCACAACUUUAUCGUCUGAACAGCAUUCUGGGCUUGUCAGUGGCAUGCACUCCUUUUCAAAUGGAGAGAAUGUAAAUAUUCAACUCACAGAUCCAGUGGACAUUUCCCAAAGUACAGGACAUCUGAUAACUCCACCUAUGUCACCUGCAAUGUUAAAUAGGGGAAGUGUUAUAAACCAAGGACCAAUGGCAAUAAGACCUUCCAGUGUUGGCUCAGUCUUGCCAAGUCACACACAUAUCUCCUCAUUUUCAGACACUCCUUACCAAAACCAUCCAUCAUCAAACCAGAACUAUUUUGCAACUGGUUCAAACUAUCAAGCAAUGUUUCAAGCUCAGCCCCCUUCUGGAGUUUUCAUCCAUCGGGUGGACCAAAGCCGAUAUACACCUCUCAACGAGCAACAGAUUUCCAGGGACUAUUUUGCCAACAGCUGUGCAGUAUCUCCCUACAGUGGGCAUCCCUCUUCAAAUUAUGGACCAUCAACAAGUCCCCAAGAAAUACACAACAUGCAAUUUAUUAACACCAGGGGAUUCAAUUUUUUGGGCAGUUCUGGAGGAUGUCAGACGGGAACAUAUCCUUCCAAUUCUUCCAAUGGAUACUACGGAAAUAAUUUAAGCUACCCAGAUUCAUCCCACCGGCUUGGAUCCAUGAUUGAUCAGCAUGUGUCAGUGAUCAGUAGUGUCAGCAGUAUCCGCCCGCUGCACUCUUUCAAUGACAUCCAUGAUCCACUUAACAUUUUAGAUGACAGUGGAAGGAAACAACUUGAAUCCUUUUAUGCAGAAACACCAUCUCCUAUUAUUUGCCGUAAAUCCUCAAUGGCAUCAAACAUGCCAAGUGUGAUAUCAGCAUCCACCUCUCAAUGUAUGUAUGGAGCUUCAGGCCAGUACAUCUCUCAAGAAACUGUGGAUUCCCAUGGGCAGCCCAGUGAUGUCAGAGAAUUAGUGUCAUCGUUGCCUCCAAUCAAUACAGUGUUUAUGGGAGCUGCAUCAAGAAGCACAUGAAGGCAAUUCUAAAGUCCCCUUAAUUCUUCUAUUUGAAGAGCAAAUACUUGGCACUGGACAGCUAAUGUGGACGCUGUACUUGCAGGAAAAGACUUUUUUGAUUUCCAAGUUAAAAACUGUGCCAGUUUCUUUAAUGAAGUGAAGCACAAACUGCAUCCAAGAAAAAACUGAUUGUUAUCAAGUCACUCUAAUCCCAGGCUUGGAGACAAGUUUUGGCUGCAUAAAAACCAGGUGUACUACCAAACAGAGCCUCCUAUAAGUAUAAUUAAUGGCUUAGUGCUCUAUGGCAACAACUAUGAAAUUGUACCAUUGUAAAUAUAUUUAAAUGUUCCGCGUUUCAAACCCAGGGCUGAGCAAACGUAUGUUAUGAUCUGAAGUUGUGGUAUUCCCACAAGAUACCUACAUGGAAUUUAAUUGGGUGCGUAAUCACAGAUCCACUUUUUUUUAGAUAGCUCUAAGUCAUGCCUGCCUACAUUAUAUGACUAUGUCCUUAUGUCCUUAAGACUGGCAUGUUUAUACGGCAUUGUUUCCAAUUUAAAUCAAUUUGUGUUAUCUUUCUUAAUCUUGUUUCUGUAUGUUACCCUUUGUAACAUGUUUAUUUAAACAACUGUAUCAUAACUCCUAUUUAUUGUAUUUAGAGAGUACCUGUUUACUAUCUUGUACUUGACAUUGGUCAGGUUUAUAUUUUCUACCUCCUAUGGAAACGU